AUGUCUUCCUACAGACAGAUGAUCAGCUCCCGCUGCCUUGCGCCCUGCGAAGUGACCUGCCCGCAACCGAUUGCAGAUGCCUGGAGCCAGCCCUGCGUUACAUCCUGUGGUGAUUCGAGAGCUGUGAUCUACCCACCACCCGUGGUCAUGACCUUUCCAGGACCUAUUCUCAGCUCCUGCCCUCAGGAGAGCAUAGUGGGCAGCUCAGCACCAUCCGGCAUUGGGAGCUUGUUUGGAUCCAUGAGCUCUCUGGGUCCCAGUGGCUCUAGGAGCUUGUACAAUUAUGGGAGGUCAUAUUCUUCCUAUGGAUCCAGUGGUUAUGGUUUUGGGAGCUGCAGACCAUGUUAA